CUAACCAUCACUCACUUUUUUGUUGUUACUUUCCUUGUGAGGGCUAGUUGAUGUAAAAUGUUAUUUUUUAUUUAAUAUUUCGUAAUUCGUCGUCUUGCUUUUGGGAUCAUACGUGUAUUGGUGUAUAGUUAAUUCAUUUUAUUUUUAAUUAUCUAAAUCAAACAUCUAAUAAAAUAAUAUUCAGUCAUCCAGGAAAAUAUAAUAAAAUAUUUCCAAAAAGUGUACAUUGAUUCACAGAAAAUAUUGCUAAAAAUGUCUCUUUCGUAUUUGCCCUUAUUUUUAAAAGGUGAAGUAGUAAAAGGCUUUGGAAGAGGAUCAAAGGAAUUAGGUUGCCCCACAGCGAACUACUCGCGGGAAGUGGCACAGUCGUUACCGCAAGAUAUAAAGCCCGGUGUCUACUAUGGAUGGGCCCAAGUUAAUUCACAUCCCGUCUACAAGAUGGUUGCGAACAUCGGCUGGUGUCCUUUCUAUCAAAAUAAGGAAUUGUCUGUGGAAACUCACGUGAUGCACGACUUUGAAAAGGAUUUCUACGGAUCAAAUUUGAAAAUAUGUAUCAUUGGAUACUUGAGGCCUGAGAUGAAUUUUAGUUCUGUUGAUAGUUUGAUACAGACGAUCAAAAAAGACAUUCAAAAUGCAGACGAAUUGUUAGAGGUUGCAGAGGCGAUUAAAUUAAAAACACAUGAUUUUUUUACCGAUCAAUGAUGGAUUGGUUGGAGCUAGGACAAUUAUUUUGGUUUUGUUUAUUAACUAUUACUUAAAUGUUUAAGUGUUUGUUAUGAUUGACCUACUUGAAUUUAAAUCCAAGCGGACAGUAUAAUAUAGUAUAGUAUUAUUUAUUAUUAUUAUGAUAAUAAUUUUCUUUUUGUAUAAAUGUUGUUAUAAAAUAAUAGACAAAUAUAAAUUAUAAUUAUAUUUACAUUAUGUAAAUUGUAUAAAUGUAAAAUCUGUAGGUAUGAUGAUAAUAAUUAUUGUAAACAUGAAUUCUUAUUUAAUGAAAUUGCUGUGCUUAAUUCCAUAUUGUGAUAUUUUUAUAUUGUACCAAAAAUAUGUAAAUAAAUAAUAUAAAUAUGAAUUUUCUUUGAAGGA